AUGAUUUUUACCAACAGUAUCUACGCAGCUCUGCUCGCCGCCUCUGCCGUGACAGCAGCACCUUCCCCUGGCCCUCCAAGGAACCCUGAUGACCCGAUGGACGUCCUGCUUUGCGAGGAUCCCGCUUACCACAAAUGCCAGUAUGUCCCUAUAGUUUUUAACAAGUGCAGUAAGAUUUCCCUUCCCAACCUCUUUGAAAUCGUCGCUCACGAAUCUCAAGUCAAUGUUCCGGCUGAACUCCAGGAUAAAAUUUCCUCUCUCGAUACCUGGGGCUACAGUUGCACCUUCUAUGAUGAUGGCAAUUGCUCUGCCAUUAAGGGAUUGAGCAGAUCCGCCGAUUAUAGAGGCUCUUGUGUAGAAUUGUCGCUCUACCCCUCCAUAAACUUCCUCAACGAUGCCAUCUCCUCUUUCAAAUGCGUCUAA